AUGGCAUAUCAACAGAUGGAGUUGGAUGAAGAUUCAAGAAAAUUUACCACCAUUUCAACAACUAAAGGGUUGUUUCAAUAUAAACGUUUAGUCUACGGGUUGGCAUCCGCUCCGGCAAUUUUCCAAAAAAUUAUGGAAAAUUUGUUGCUAAAAAUUGAGGGAGUAGUUGUUUUUAUUGAUGAUAUACUGAUCACAGCAGGGAAUAGAGUUGAACACGUUAAACGAGUAAAACAAGUGUUAAGUGUUUUACAAGAUGCAGGGUUUUCAUUAUCCCUAGAAAAGUGUAAUUUUUUUUGUAAAAAAGUGGAAUAUUUAGGUCAUAUUAUCGAUAAAGAGGGGUUGCAUACUAACCCUGAAAAAAUUAGGAUGAUCAAAGAUAUUGCUUAUCCAAAAAAUCUGAAAGAGCUUCAAGCAUUUUUGGGAAUGAUAAAUUUUUAUAGACGCUUUUUACCAAAUCUGGCAAAUAUAGCUUCCCCAUUGUAUGACUUAAUGAAGGGAGAUAGUCAGUUUGUCUGGACAAACGAAUGUUCUAAAGCAAUAGAUAAAUUAAAGAAUUUAGUAAUAGCGGAUAAAUGUCUGACACAUUUUAAUCCGGAGUUUGGAACAAAGUUAACAGUAGAUGCAAGUCCGAUUGGCGUGGGAGCAGUACUUUCACAGGUAGCGCCAGACGGUGUUGAAAAGCCAAUCGAAUUUGCUUCAAGAAUUUUGAAGCCAGUAGAAAGAAAGUACUCUCAAUUGGAUAGGGAGGCAGUAGCUAUUUUGUUUGGUGUUACCAAGUUUCACCAAUAUCUGUAUGGACGUAAAUUUAUACUUGUGACAGAUAAUAAACCCUUACAGUAUAUUUUUAAUCCUAAAAAAGGUAUACCGCAGAUGGCGGCAAACAGAUUACAACGUAUUGCGUUAGCAUUGUCGGGUUACAAUUUUCAGGUUGAGCAUAUCAGAUCAACACAAAAUGUAGCAGAUUACUUUUCAAGAUUUCCGUCCAAAAUCUACUGUGAAAAUAAAUGGUUAGAGUCUGAUGUGUAUUUUAACUAUGUUAAAGAAAGCAACAAAAUUCAGUUAGAUUUAGAGUUAGUAAAAAAAGAGACUGAAAAAGAUAAGGUGCUACAAAAAGUUAAAGAGUAUAUCCUUAAGGGUUGGCCAAGCAAAUGCACAGAUGUAGAUAUGGAACAAUAUUUUAGGAAGAAGAAUGAACUAUCUUAUGAGCAAAAUUGUGUUUUCUGGGCUUAUCGAAUUGUAAUUCCUAAAAGCUUACAACAUAAGGUAGUGGAAUUAUUACACUCAUCACACAUGGGAAUAGUGAAAAUGAAGUCUAGGGCAAGAGAAUGUUCUUGGUGGCCAAAACAAACUAAAGAUUUAGAAAUAGCAGUUAAAGGUUGUGAGCCUUGUCUUAAAACAAGGGCAGAUCCACCUAAGCAGGAAUUAAAAGUAUGGAAGUGGCCAGACAAACCUUGGAGUAGGGUGCACAUUGAUUUUUUUGGACCAUGUUUUAAGCGAUGGUGUUUAAUUAUAAUUGAUGCACAUACCAAGUGGAUUGAAUGUAUUGACAUGGGUAGAAAUACAACUAGUAAUGCAGUAAUAGAAAAAUUGCAGGAUGUUUUUGCACGUUUUGGACUGCCACAUGAAUUAGUGUCUGAUAAUGGAACUGCAUUUGUAUCCAACGAGUUUAAAAUAUAUUUAAAGAAUUGUGGUAUUAAGCAUUUCACAACUCCGGUAGGGUAUCCUGCAACUAAUGGUCAGGCAGAAAAUGCGGUUAAAACCGUAAAAAACGCGUUAAAGCGAAGUCUACUUAAUGUUGACUCAGGAAAUUUUAAUGUAGUAUUAAAUAAAUUUUUGUUUGAUUAUCGUAAUACUAAACACUGUAGUACAGGUAUUGCGCCAGCUACGUUAAUGUUUGGUCGUCAGUUGCGGACAAAACUAGAUUUAUUUAAUCCACAUAGAAAAGUUGAAAUAAAUGUAAAUGUAAACAAAAUAGUAGAAGAAAGUCAAAACAAGCAAAAGAAAUAUUAUGGAUCGAGGAACAAUAGGUUCAAAGAAAAUGAGGCCGUGAUGAUAAAAGAUUAUUCCAUACCAGGCCGAGUAAGUUGGGCAAAAGGCUAUGUAUCUAAAAAGUUAGGAAGACAGAUAUAUAUAGUUAAAACUGAAAAUGGAAAAAACUGGAAAAGGCAUGCAAAUCAAAUGAUUGGUUGUAAGAAAAAUUUUCAGGAGGAAGAAAAUAGGUCUAAAUUAUUUAAAGAACCAAUAGUUGAGGCAAAUAUUGGUAGUAAGGCAAAAGAUAUUGUAAGUCAAAAAGUGGAAGAAAAUAUUGUAGAUCAGAAAGGAAAAAUUAAUUACAAGUAUAAUUUGAGAACACGUAAAUUUAAAGAUAACAUGAAACAAUUGUAA